GAUGAGGAGAGAGAAGAAGAGAGAAGAAGAGAGAGACUUUUCCAUAAGUUUAGAUUUCGUCUCUGGUCUUUUAGUUGACUCGAAAUUUGAUUGUUACUGCUUCUGGGUUGACAUUGGAACUGUUAAUUGUUUUAAAUACAUUUAUUUUGUUUAUCUCCAAAGUAUUUACUAAAUUACCUGGUUAAUUAUAUUUUAGUUAUCGAUUCCCAACACAUUAUAUCAAAAACUCUAACUGUCAACUGUCAAUAAUACACUAAACUCAUUCAUUACACCUUAACCAUAAUAAGCCUCCAAGUUAUUGAUAAAACCAUUUCAGUGCCGAUUCAUUUGUGAUUGUCCAUCGACCUAUUCAAAAUAUUGGAUAACACACUCUAUUUGAACGCAACAAGGCAAACGAUAUUCAGAGCUACAAACUUUUGUUGAAUCACAUCGGACGCGCUUAAAGUUUAAUAAGAAAGCGUUUGUCAAAAAAUCAAAGUAACUCGCUGGUAAAUGCUGACUGGUUAUUGAACUCACGACAAUUUUUACGAGCUAAAGUUGCCACAUAUUCCCAAAAGGGUAAAUGCUGACUGGUUCAAUCAACAGGCUGUGAUCGCAUUUAAAAACAAUGGCCAAUGAUACAGAGGAUAAAGAUGUGGAAAGUAAGAAAGAUAAAAGUAAACCAAAGCGUCCAUUAAGGUUUAAAUUUAUACGAUAUGGAGCCAUUGCCGGUGUCUUGGGUACUUUAUUUGCCGCUUUACAACCAUGGGCUAUGGAGAAAGCCAUCUCAUCUCAGAUUAAAGUUGACCCAACAAGUCCUGGUUACAUGUUCUGGGAACAUGUACCAUUACCAAUCAUUACUAAAUUUCAUCUAUUUAACAUUGAAAAUCCGGGUGAAUUUUUGAAAGGAGGUAAAUUAAGGGUUCGUGAACUAGGACCAUUCACAUUAAAACAAGACCGAUGGAAAGAAGUUAUUGAAUUCACUGAAAAGACCGUUAAAUAUUAUGAAUGGCGUAAUUAUACAAUUGCAGAAGAGUUAAGUGUUGGUUCCUGGGACCAAGAAAUAACCGUCCUGAACCCAAUGGUGGCUUCAAUUGGAUCCAUAGUCGGUGAUAAAUUGGAACAAUUAAUUCCCAUUCCAUUAGCUGUUAGUCCAUUUGUUUACAGUACUGUUAGUGCUCUUCUACUUGUUCAUAGUCAAAAUUUUUUUCUCAAAACAACUCCACGUAACGUGAUAGUUGGCCAACGGAUCAACCUGUUGGACACGGUAACAACCCUGGUUAAACCCCUAGAAUUGUUGGGAGUUAAAGCUUCAGAUUUGAUUCCAACCGAUGAUUUACCCAACAACACUUUCGGAUUAAUCAAUGGUAAAAAUUAUACUCGAAUGGGUCCAUGGGAAGUUUAUACUGGAGUCGAUGUGCCCAAAGAGCUUUACACUAACGCUGUUGCCUUCAAAAAUGAAAAAUUGAUGAAACGUUGGGCUGGACCGGAAUGUAAUACACCGAGAGGAACCGAUGGAAUUCAAUUUCAACCUUUAAUCAACAGGACGACCAAACUAACUAUUUUUUCCGGUGAUAUUUAUCGAUCAUUGGAUUUAAUUUAUGCUGAGGAUUACGACUAUAUGGGAAUCCAGACUUACAAAUAUAUUCUUGAUCCAGCAAUUUUUCAACCUCCAAGCGUUAACCCGGACAACGCAUGUUAUUGUGUUCACACUGGUAAAAAGAAGGCCCGCUGUGAAUAUGAAGGAAUUCUCGAUUUGACCGGAGGUUUUUCCGGAUCACCCUUUGUGGUCACUAAACCUCAUUUUCUGGAAGCACCUGAAGUACAGAAACUAGUUGAUGGACUAUCUCCAGAUCCAGAGAAACACACCUUUUACCUACUAAUUAAACCUGACAUUGGUGUACCCAUCAGUGCAAAGGGUCGCCUUCAGUUUAACCUUCGAGUUGAAAAGGUUCCAUUCCUUCGUGGUUUCAAUAACAUACGAGACACUAUCAUUCCCUUAGGAUGGAUAGAGGAAGGUGGAAGUAUAGACGGUGUACUUUAUUAUCUUAUGCGAGGUGGUUUAGUUAUAGCUCCAAUGGCAGCUUCAGCGGGUUUUUACGGUGCAGCUAUUGGAGGUUGGGCCGCUUUUCUUGCUGGUCUUAUUUACACUGUGUUUAGAAAGUCUGGAAAAGGUAAAGUAGACAACAUGGAGAAGUUAUUUGAACCACGAGAAUCACCAACUAAGAAGGAGUUAAUUGGUGACAGCAAAAAAAUGAAAAGUCAGAGUAAAUUGUCCAUGAACCAAUCUGACCAGCAAUCACCUAUGAACGGAGUUUUGGUUCCUGUUGAUUAUGUUCAACCAUCUGAAAUGAAUAAUGGAUUGACGUUGGUUAAUGGUUCGAGCUUUGUUCAAGGCAGAACAGGUCCAAUUUCAAUCAUUCCAGUCAACUCUGAUAUGUACCAACCAUCAUCUGUUAUUCAAUUUUAUCGACUUCCACCAGGUGUAAAUCAAGGUGGUGGUCAAUUUGAUCAAUUGCUGCUUACAAUACCCAACGCAAAUCAAGAAAUGAACUCUCCAGGAACUGUACCCAAAAUAACCUGGAACGGAAGAGGUUCACAAUCAGUUAAAGAAAGAACCGGUAAAGUUAGGGAUAAAAUGUCUCGAGGACAAAGUUUACCUCGAGAAAGAGCGAGUCAAAGAUCGAAGAGAAUACAGGUUAAUUCAAAGGAAACCCAGGAUAGAUUUGUCCAGGUAGACCGUGAUACUAAAGGCUUUCGGUUUGCGGGAAAAGAUGAUAUCAUAAAGAGUCAAUCGGUUCCUCCAGUUGACGCAUCGAUGGAUAAUAGCAUUGAAAAUGAAGAGCACAGGGCAAAAAUGUCACAAGAUAAUACGUAUGAAAAUGUUGAGGAAAAUAAUUUUAACAGCAACCACGAUGAACUGAGUUCUGAGGCCAAUUUAAAGACUGCAAAUAAUGAGGGUAAUUUAGAGACAGAAAAUACAGAGAUAAACAGUGAAGGCAUCUAUGAAGAAGUUGAUGAUGAAACUGUUACAGAGUCCGGGAAUCUUUAUGAUAGCACCAAUGAACCACAAUCACCGCAAACGGAGCCAAUAUUACAAAGUGUAUCAGCCAAUCUUUUUGCCUCUUCUUCCCACAUUUCACGGUCCCUCAUUGAUAUGGUCAUCACUGGCAAUAAACAAACGGAUGUGGAAAAUGACGAAAAAAAUAAUCACGAUGGAAACACUAAUAUAAAUAAACAGACGCGACCCUCAUUGAGUGAGGCUGCUGAGCGAAGUGUUUCAGCCACUUUACCAGGAGAAUACAUUUCUGGUAACCAAAAGACUCUGGUUGAUGAAAAUAACAAUAUUAGGCUUGCUAAAUCAAAGUCUGGACCUCGAUCAUCAUACUCGGCUGUUUCACGGUACCAGUCUAUAGAUCCUGGUGAACCAUAUGACGAUGGAGACGAAACGAUGCUUUUUCAAAGGGACUCGACAACAGAGUCUGAGGCAACAACACCUCAAAGCGAUGAUACUGAUGACAAGCAAGAGGUUAAAUCAUAUCAGAAAGAAGGAGUCAAUGAUUUACCAGGUGUGGAAACACCUGAAAGGCUGGCCACACCGUCAUUUUCUGAUGAAUUUUCAAUUGGAUCGGACACCUCUAGAGCAUCAACAGCUAAAAGUCUGAUUGAACCAAAGACCAACAAAAAAGAGACAAAACAAAACUCAUCUUGUAUUGUUUCAUAGAAAAUGUAAUAUUUUUUGAAUUAGUUGAAGAAAAUUAAAACUAAACAAUCAAA